GACCGCUCACGACGACGACGUCUGCAACCCAGCCCCAAACCCCAUUUAUGACCACGCAAUUGGGCACCGCCACAGCCGACGCACACGACGCAAGACGGAGGCCUGCGACUCGUUCAACCACCGCCGCUGCCGUUCGUCCCAGCAGCAAGCGCUCACCGUCACCCAUUGUCAAAUUCACGUCGACGCCACUCCCCGUCGAUAGCGCAAAAGGUGUCCAGGACAUCACCAGAAAGGUCCUGCGCCAGUUGGAGGGGCUCGGACAUUUAGAAGUCGUGGAGAUGGAGACUCCACAUGAGCUCAGCGAAGACGAGCAGCCCCUGCACAACGGCAACGGCGUUCAUGUUCAGCCAAACGGCGCAGUCAAUCCCAAGCCAAGCACCAACGGCCAUACCCACUCGAAUGGAAACGGCGCCCUCAAACCAGUUGAGAAACCUGUCGACUAUGAGAUUCCUCGUAAACUGCUCCACGGGUCUAUAGGAUUCUUCGUGCUUUAUCUAUACCUCAGUGGAGGCAACCCACGGAACGUUAUUGUCGCCUUGUGGUCCGCCCUCUGCGUCAUCUACCCGGCAGAUCUGCUGCGCUUCAGGUCCCGUCGAUUUGCACGCUUAUAUGAAAGCCUCUUGGGUUUCUUGAUGCGAGAAUCUGAAAAGGACUCGGUCAACGGAGUCGUGUGGUACAUCCUCGGAGUCAACACGGUCUUGUCAUCGCUUCCUCUCGACGUGGCCUCCGUGUCAAUCCUCAUCCUCUCUUGGGCCGAUACAACUGCAUCCACAUUCGGUCGAUUGUAUGGGCGCCGAACAGCAAAACUCCCAGCACGUUCACCUGUUCUCGGCCUUCCGCUGGCACCAAGGAAAUCCGUCGCAGGAUUCAUCGCUGCAUCUGUCACAGGUGCACUCAUCACCUUUGGUUUCUGGGGAUGGAUUGCCCCUAUGCGAGAGGAAGGCCUUACUUGGACGUGGGAUGGCGGAAUCCGAAAUGCUGGAGCAGGCGGUCUUCUCGGGCUAUCAAUGAUCGCGGUCGUAGCAGGGCUAGUCACCGGUGUUGCAGAAGCACUCGCAAUUCAGCAGGACGCUUACCAUCAAUUCAUAGACCUCGGAUCUGUCGAUGACAAUCUGUCUUUACCCAUUAUCGCAGGCGGAUGCAUCGCAGGUUUCUUCAAGUUGUUCGAAUACGCUUCAUCGACAGUGUCAUCUUGGGUUUCAUGA